AUGGCGGAGCCCCCUCCAGCUGAGCCAGCAGCGGAGGAGGCUAUAGCAACAGCAGAGGCGGCAGCGCCGGAGGCUGCGGAGGUGCCAGAGGCAGCGGCACCAGAGGCCACAGAGGUCGCUAGCACCACCAUCCCACCCGCGCAGGAGGAGGAGCCGGAGGUGGUGCUGGGAGGCGCCUUCUCCCGAGCCCAGCGGAGAUCCCCCUCACCCGGCUCUUCACCAAGAGCCAGCAGGUUCAGGAGGAGCUGGAGGCAGGCCUCCGAGCAGGUGCAGCAGGCUCUCAACCGAGAGGCGGCAGCAGCCCAACAGGAGAGAGCGGCUGCACGGCGGGAGAAGCAUGCCCUCGAGUGGGAGCUCGUGGCGGAGAAGAGGGUGCACGCGGCGGCAGACAGGGAGAAGACCGCCCUGGAACUGGCCAACCAGGCCAAGGUGGUGGUGGAGGUGACCAAGGAGCAGGAAGCUGCCCUUGCAGAAUGGGAGGCAGCCGCGGCGGAGAGAGAGAAAAGGCUUGCCGCCCGCGAAGAAGAGGAGGUGACCCGGCUCUAG